AUUACAACUAAAAAUCUACCUACACAAGAAAUGGAAUUUACCAGAUACGAGAAUUUGUCUCCCGAGAACGGUCGAGUGAAGGAAAACAUUUUGAUUAAAUAUAUCUAGUCCUCGGACAAGUUUUUGUGUUCAGCUGAGCCUCCAAGAAAGAUCAAGAUGGCUGCUGGAGCAGUAGUCGUUCCUUCUAUUAUCCCACUAAGGAUUCCAGUCCAGGGCAAGAGCAAGACAGACAUUGACACCAACACAUACAUAGAGCUCAAAAGUACCACCCCAGAUACAGACAUCUUUUAUACGAUUGACGGAACCAAACCAGAUCCAUUCCAGACAAUAGGACAGAGAACAACAUUCAUGUAUCAGAGACCUUUCAGACUGACAGAGGGUAAGAGGACUGUCAAGGCCCUUGCAAUGGCCAGGGAUCAGACGAGAGAAAGUUUUGUAGUGAGCAAGACUUUCUUUGUGGAGUGGGUAAGAGAAGAACCUGAUGACACUGAUGAUGAGAGUCUGCUGGAGGCAGAAGCUAGGAACCAAAGCCCUGGACUCAAGCUUACAGCCUCCAAGACAACCACUGCUCUCCUAAAGAAAGUAGUUGAAGCAGAGACCAGAAGACCUGACUCAGUGAAGGGAUCUAACUACAGGAAACCCACAGUAGGAACCCGCUUCAUGGAAAAUAGGAUGGGCACAAAGAAACCCAGCGUCUCUAGAGGUCAAAAGGUUGGGCAAGGAAAGAAAACCCCUGAUCCUGCAAGUGAGGAUGACAAAAAGAAGAGUAAGAAGAUACCAGAGAACUUUACUCAAGCAAACAGAUUACAGAGACAAACAGAUUUCUUAAAAUGCAUCUUUUGUUUCGCCGACCGUCCAGCCGACCCCUUUGCGCGUUUUUGUAUUUCGUGUGGAUCACCUGUUCCUGCCCUCCCGAAUGCCAGGCUGCCCCCUCCAGAGCCUGCUCAGCUUGGUAUGUGCGUUGGAUGUCAUUCUAUGAUACCUCUGAAUGUCUCCAAGUGUUUGGUAUGUGAGAUGGACGUACCACCACAACUCGUACCACAAGCAUCAGUCAAAUUGCAGGACAAGCUCGUAUGCAAUGAAUGCGGCACAGGUAACCCUGCUAAUAUGCUAUACUGUGUGACAUGUGAGCACCCAUUGACUGGAGCUAAUAAACAUCUAAAGCCAACAUACAGUCAAUUCGCUGCACCCCCAGAGCCAGGUAAAAGGGGACGUCUUCUGUGCUGCAGCAAAUGUGGGCGUGUCAACAAUAGUGAUGCCAGAUACUGUGAUUGGUGUGGUGCAAAGCCUGCUCCCACCACAUCAUUGAUGACAUGUUCUAGAUGUAAGGCAGCCAAUCAAGCGUACUCAUCAUUUUGCCAUUCAUGUGGAGUAUUGAUAGAACCACCCGUUAGGAAUGAUGCAAGAAACAAUGGAAUCACUGUAGGAGGAAAACAUACUUCACAGGUAGUAGACCAAAACGGUGAACCAUCCUGGGUUCCCAUGACAGUCCCCAAGAAGGAGCCUCCUAAGGUCUCUGUCUCCACUAUGACGGCAGGAAUCUUCUACCCAUCCAACAAGGAGCUGAUCAAGAAAGACCAGGAGCAGCAGGAGGCAAAGGCCAAGCAGGAUGCCAUGAGUGACCGCAAAGUGACCCUUACAGCGGUCAGUCCAGGCAAAGGUUACUGGAGGCAACAAAUGGACCAUAUAUGUGGUCAUCUCAAAGCACAUGCACAGAAUAAUACAGACUUCAGAAACCAGAUUGGAGAACCACGGAUGGGAAAGCUAGUGACAGCUGCUGUGCAUGAAGAUGGCUAUGAGCUUAGUCUGACUGUAUGCUUUGCACUGAGAGGAUCUAAGGAUGCUAUGACAGGCAAACCUCUGGGAAUUACCAAGUCAGCACUGCUGAGUGAUGUAACAGAGGGAAGGAGAAACAGCAUAAAUAGUCCUGUAACUCAAGAAAAGUUUUCAAAUAACACCAAGGAAUCAUCGUCUAAGAAAGACUCUCCAAAGAAGAAAACAAUCAAGAAGAAACCUGUCAAUGAUAAACUUACACCUUAUGACAAAGAUUUAUUGCGAGAAGUUGGUCCCAAGGGAGAUGGAGAUAAAGAAGAGGUUAAGAGAUUGCUUGAUGAGGGGGCUGAUCCGAACAGUGAGAAUGCUGACGGUGUCCCUGUGUUAACCAUCACUGUGCUCAACAAACACUUUGAAUGCAUACCAGCUCUUGUGUUUCACGGUGCUGAUGUGCACAAGAAAGUAGGGCAAAAAGGAAACACCGCCCUCCACGAAGCCGUGCAGCUGGGAUACGAUGGAAAGCAGGGCGUGGUCACUCUCCUUAACAACGGAGCCAGUGCGAAGGUAAAGAACAACCGUGAUGAGACGCCAGCAGCAAUGGCUACACGGCUCGGCAACGAGAGCAUCAUCAACAUCUUCACGUCUAUCGCAGGGCAGGGCAUGCUAGAUAGGAUCAAGAAACAAGCCUUGGGAAAGACUAAGACGUUUGGUGAGGAUGAUUUCUGAUCAACUUGUUCAAGAAUAUCUGAUUUUUUUUAUUGGUGAACAAUAUCUUUCUUGCUUCGUGUAAGGAGUAUGCAAGUACAAUAACCCGUUGGAAGAAAUACAGUGUCACACACUGUGGUUACUGUGUGUUCACAUAGUGGACUAUGCAAACACAGUGAUAUGCACACCGUAAAAAUUCUGGACUUUUACAGUAUGGAGAUAAUUUCUCUACAGUGUGAGCAUUUACAGUGUGUUCAUCUAGUGGAUUAUGUGGAAAGGAGAUUUACACUGAAAAUGCUCAUAUUCAAUAAUGUGAAAGUGAUUUCACACUGUAGACCCCUUUACAGUGUGAUGUUCACCCCUUUACAGUGUGAUGUUCACUGUGUAUUCUCAUAGUUGACUAUGAAAAAGGGAUUGAUGUUUUUAAAAUAUUGAAAUUCAACAGUGUGGAGAUGAUUUCACACUGUGGACACGUACAGUGUGAGUGUUCACACUGUCUUCACACAGUGGACUAUGUGAAGAUGUGACUCACUAUGUGAAAAUGCUCAAAUCUAACAGUGUGGAAUAAUUUCACACUCUAGAAACUUCUACAGUAUGAGUUUUCCCCACACUGUUCACAUAUUGGACUCUAUGAAGAUGCCAUUCCUGCUGUCAAAAUGCUCAAAUAUGACACAGUGUGGAGGUGAUUACACACUGUGGACACUUCUACAGUGUGAGUGUCUAUAGUGUGUUCUUGUAGUGGAGUAUGUGAAAAGUAACUCACACUGUUAAAAUAUUCAAACUAAACAGUGUGAAGGGACUGUGUUCCACACUGCAAACACCGUGAGACACACUGUGGGGUAUUGUGUUCUUACCAGCUUGGCAUGUUUAAAUGUCUUUUGACUUACCAAUAAGUCUUUCAAUUUGAAUCCAUCUUGACACCCCAGCCAUGACACACUUCUUUCACUAACAUUCAACAAGUAAAGCCAUGAUAUGAUAAUGACAACCAAAACAAGAUGAAAUACAUAAUGAAAAUGAAUAAACCACCUUUUAUUAUUUGAAUCCCACAUAUUACCCUCCACCCUCCUUACCACAAGUGUAUAUCAAAAGUCUCCCUAAAUUGACACUUGUAACUGUUAAUGCAAUUUUGUGUAAUUUGCGUGGAUAUGUGAUAAUAUUGGCCCCACUCAUUUCAUAUUCAAUGUGAAUACUUUUUUUUAAAAUCAGUUUUAACCCCAAACCUCUGUAUUCACCCGUAACCAACCAAAGCACAGGAUUUCAGUAGCUUAUAACAGUGAAACGGCCCAGUUAUCAAGAGGCAAAUAAUGCCAACAUAUAUUACUUGUAGUUUGUGUUCUUGGUAAGAUCAGUACUAUUGUUAUUAUUAUUAUUGUUUAUUUGGCAUUUCAAACAAACAGAACCAUAGAAUGAUGACAUUACAAAGUAUGACAGAAUUUUAGAAAGGACUCCCCCGCUGCAGGCCAGGAGUUGCCUGGAAGAAAAAAAAGAGUAAAAUUUCUGUAACCCGCAAGUCAUUCGUAUAUCACCCACAAUGAUGAUAUUUUAUAUGCUCAUCAGUUUGAAGAAAUUUGAAAUAAAAUAUUUGACUGAAAUUGCUUUUGAAUAAUUCUUAUCAGUGUUUCAGACUAUUGUACUGUAUUGUAAUGGCACAUUCUGCAGUUUUCAUAAUUGUGCAUUUCUUUGACCAUUGACUGUAUUACUUUCAUAGAAACUCUUAGACUGAUUUUCUGAUUGAAUUGACUGAUAGAGAUAAAAAGUGUGCUAUUGAAGAAUAUUACCCAAUAUAAUAUUACCCAAUUACCCAAUUCAACUUUUCCUUUGAUACACAUGAAAUGGUGAACAAGUAUGUAGGUUAUGCAGUUACUAGAGAAGUUUAAUGUUGAACGAUCUUAAUAGUUCGAUACUUGAGGAAUAAACUACAAGUUUUAAUGCAAUAUUUCUACAUAGAAUUGCAGUUGUUACAUGUAAACUCGUCGGCUUUGCAUUUGGGGCUUUUGGCAAGUAAAUUGUACCUUUGCAGCAUGCAACUUGUGAGAUAAAACAACAGUUCUAAUUAUUAUAAUUGUACAGGGUGGAUUUUGUGACUUCUUGCUUACUACUAUUGUGCAGAUAACUAUGCUUUACAAUGUUAUGUAAAUAAUGUAUUUUUUUAUUUUUUAAACUGUAGCUUUGUAUUCCUAAAUCCAAACCUUGAAUGUUAUUUAAUCUUUAUACUGUGCAAUCUUACAAUAGAUUAUUCAUGGCUGAUGUAAUUGAUAACCAAAAAAUUU